AUGCUAAUCUUCUCUGUAUCGUUCCAAUUUUUUCGUAUGUCACCCCGAAGGGGACAUAAGGUAGUGCGUGUUUACAGUACGGUCACAAAGCAUUUUGCAUUUUGUUCAGAUGGCGGGGUUGGUCACGUGGCAUAUCAAUUACAUUGCACUUGCACUGUCAAUUGA